UGCUUUAGAAUUGUUAAAAUCUUUAUGAAGCACACCACUGAAGAUGAGGUUGAAAAACUUGGCUUUUAUCAUCAUAUUAAUAACACCAGGAGAACUCUAUGCAGAAGAGAAACCCUGUGGUUUUCCUCAUGUGGAAAAUGGAAGGAUUGCCCAAUAUUACUAUCCUUUUAAAAGUUUUUACUUUCCAAUGGACAUAGACAAAAAAUUGUCAUUUUUCUGCUUGGCUGGUUAUACAACUGAAACUGGGAAACAAGAAGAGCGAACCACAUGUACAGCAGAAGGCUGGGCUCCAGCACCAAAGUGCUUCAAAAAAUGCACAAAGCCUGACCUGAGAAACGGUUACUUCUCUGAUGUAAAAGUGUUGUACAAAAUUCAGGAGAACAUGCGCUACGGCUGUGCCUCAGGAUACAAGACCACCGGCGGGAAGGAUGAAGAAGUGGUUCAAUGUCUCGCUGACGGGUGGUCAACUCCCCCAGCCUGUAGGCAGGAACAUGAAACAUGUUUGGCCCCUGAGUUAUAUAAUGGAAAUUAUUCCACAACACAGAAAACAUUCAAAGUGCAGGACAGAGUCCGCUACGAAUGUGCCACCGGCUACUACACAGCCGGAGGGAAGACGACGGAGGAGGCCGAGUGUCACACGCACGGAUGGUCUGUCACCCCGCAGUGCACCAAGUUAAAGUGCUCUUCUUUAAGAUUAAUAGAAAAUGGUUAUUUUCAUCCUGUAAAGCAAACCUAUGAAGAAGGAGAUGUAGUUCAGUUUUUCUGUCAUGAAAAUUAUUAUCUGAGCGGAUCUGAUCUAAUUCAGUGCUAUAAUUUUGGUUGGUACCCAGAAUCUCCUGUAUGUGAAGGAAGAAGAAAUCGAUGUCCCCCUCCACCUUUGCCUCUAAACUCCAAAAUACAAACAUAUUCCACAACUUACCGUCAUGGAGAGAUAGUUCGCAUAGAAUGUGAACUUAACUUUGAGAUCCAGGGGUCUGGAGAAAUACGCUGUGAGAACGGGAAGUGGACGGAGCCCCCCAAGUGCAUUGAAGGGGAGGGGAGGACGGCCUGUGAGGAGCCCCCCGCCAUCCAGAACGGUGCAGCAAGCCUGCGCUCCAAGGUUUAUUACCAUGGGGACAGAGUGACGUACGGAUGUGACCGUGGCCACUAUCUGCGGGGAUCAAACGAGAUAACUUGUCAUCGUGGAAAGUGGACGCCUCCCCCUGAGUGUGUCGAAAAUAACGAGAACUGCGAGCCCCCACCUUCUGUAGUGAAUGGAGCAGUGGUGGGUGGGCUGUUGGCGAACUACACGCCGGGUUCCUCCGUGGAGUACAGAUGCGCCGAGUAUCACUUGCUGAGAGGAUCGAAAGUGUCUCACUGUGAGCGAGGAAGGUGGUCCCCCCCGCCGCCGGUUUGCCUGGAGCCCUGCACCGUGAAUGAGGAGUACAUGAACAGAAACAACAUAGAGAUGAAGUGGAAAUACGAAGGGAAAGUCCUGCACGGAGAUUUGAUAGAUUUUGCCUGCAAGCAGGGCUAUGCCUUGUCCCCGUCCGCUCCACCGUCAGAGUUAUCCGUGCAGUGCAAUAGAGGAGAAGUGAAAUAUCCUUUGUGUCUUAGACAAGAGUCUAAAGGAAAGUGUGCAUCUCCUCCACUCAUUAAAAAUGGAGUCAUAAUUAGUUCCCUAGUCGGAGCCUAUGAAAACGGUUCCUCGGUAGAAUACAAAUGUUUUGAUCACCAUUUCCUACAAGGGUCCAGGGAGGCCUACUGUCUGGAGGGAGUGUGGACUACACCACCGUCGUGCUUAGAGCCUUGCACGUUAUCUUCGGUUGAAAUGGAAAAGAAUAAUUUACUCCUGAAAUGGGAUUUUGACAACAGACCACAUAUUCUCCACGGGGAGUAUGUUGAGUUUCUUUGUAAGAGAGAUACUUACAUAGCGAUACCAUAUAUUAUGGAAUCUGAACUGAGAGUGCAGUGUGACAGAGGGCAGCUAAAAUAUCCACGAUGUGUUCCAAGAGAAAGGAUUCUGUCUUAUCAAGAACCCUUGAGGACAUAGAAAUGAAUGGCUGAAAGAGCGUUGGUAUUUCAACGUAUCAUAAAAUCCCAUAUAAAACAUAAUUUUUAGAAGAAAUAUGUUGAGUUAAAAACCUUUAAGUUUUUACUUGCUUGAGUAUAUGAAUCUGAAUUGUUUGGGCUGAACAUUUUCUUUAUUUGUAAAUAAAAGAUAAAAAGAGUUGCUUAAUUUCUAUGGAAAUUUCUAUGGAUGAUUUAACAUAUAACUAAAUCUUUAUUGUAUGUCUUCCAUCUGUUAAAAAUUAAUCCAUACAUCAAAAUAUUUCCAUUUUCUAAUGCCUAUUGACUGGACUAUAUCAUUG